AUGAUUGUGCAGGGGAUUAGGUACGCUUACGGCGUGUCUGUCUUCCAGAUGCUCAACAUCGUGCUGAUCGACAUCGCUUACACCAUCACCGCUGCCAAGGCCAUGGUCACCCUGGCAAACACCGCCUGUGGCUGGCAGGGCAUUGACUCUGGCGACUGCUUCAACACGUCCUGGAUCAUGACUGUCAUCUUUGGGGCUGUCCAGAUCGUAUCCUCCCUCGUCCCCAACCUCGAGUCGGCCUGGUGGGUGUCCUUCAUUGGCGUCAUCACCUCCCUCUUCUACUCCUCCGUCGCGCUUGCUCUGGGCCUGAAGUCUGCCUCCAACCGCCUCGGCACCGUUGGUGGUAUCCCUGCCAACCAUGUGAACAAGGCCUUUGAGAUCCUGAAUGCCCUGGGCGCCAUCGGCUUUGCCUACUCCUUUUCCAGUAUCCUGGUGGAGAUUCAGGACACCCUGCGCCAGGCAAGCAUCUAUGGCUGGCCGCCCAAGGCAGCAAAGACCAUGAGCAAGGCCACCAACGUCGCGGUCACUGCCUCUUUUGCAUUCUACUUUGUCGUAGCCAUUGGCGGGUACGCCAGUCUUGGCAAUGGCGUCCUGCUGCACAUGUGGUCUGCCUACCAAAUCUAUGCCCACCCCAUGUUUGACACCCUGGAGUCCCACGUCAAGGCCUUCAAGCUCCGCCAGGCCAAGGCCAAGGGGGACGCCGAGCUCCCCGCUAAGUUGCAGCGCCUGUCCCAGAACGCGGCCAUGUACCGCGUCAGCACCGGCUUCGCAGACACCUCGGUGCCCAGCAACGACGACCACUUUGUCCUGCCCUGGUGGCAGCGCCUGAUCACGCGCGGCAUCUACGUCGUGCUGACCACGCUCAUCGCCGCCAUCAUGCCCUUCUUCGGGGCCAUGGCUGGACUGGUGGGCGCGCUGGCCUUCUUCCCCCUCACCGUCUUCUUCCCCUUCCGCUGCUGGCGCACCGUGUACAAGCCCACUGGGUGGUUCAAUUACAUGCUGUACGUCAUCGAGUUCGGCAUGGCGCUGGUGUGCGUAGCUGCCACCAUCGCCUCCUUCCGCAACAUCAUUGUCUCCUGGUCUACCUGUGAGUGGCUGGGGGGGAUCUUCUCGGUGAGACGCAUGGGCAUACGAGCUGAGUGCUUCACAAACAAAGUAGCGAUGCGGCUGCGGCUGAAGAGUUGGGGGGGGGGGGAGGGCGUGGUGGGGUGCAACCUGGGCCUGAAGAACGUCAAGAUGACGGAGCACGAGCCUGCGGCGUUGGGGAGCGCAUACCUGUGGGUGCGCGACGGGGAGCGAUCGCUGCUCGCCGACUGUUACGAGGUGGAUGGCGUGGAGAACGGGCGGUAUCAUGACAUCGUCAAUCACAUCAUGGGCAAGAAGUGGGCCUAUGGGGUCUCCACCUUCCAGCUGCUCAACAUCGUGCUGAUUGACAUUGCCUACACCAUCACUGCCGGCAAGGCCAUGGUCACCCUGGCAAACACGGCAUGUGGCUGGCAGGGGAUUGACGCCGACGCCUGCUUUGACAAGGCAAGUCUGACAGGACUCUCGUGGGCCAUGACCGUCAUCUUUGGAGGUGUGCAGAUCGUGUCCUCCCAGGUGCCCAACCUGGAGUCGGCGUGGUGGGUGUCUGCCAUCGGCACCCUGACCUCCCUCUUCUACGCGUCGGUGGCGCUGGUCCUGGGCCUGAAGAACGCGCAUAACCGGCUGGGCUCCGUGGCCGGCAUCCCCGCCACCCCCGUCAACAAGGCCUUCUCCGUGAUGAGCUCCCUGGGCGCCAUCGGGUUUGCCUACACCUUCUCCACCAUCCUGGUCGAGAUUCAAGACACCCUCAAGCAGCCGCCCAAGGCCUCCAAGACUAUGGGCAAGGCCAUCUCCAUCUCCGUCACCGGCGCCGUCGUCUUCUACUUCUUGGUGGCCGUCGGCGGCUACGCCAGCUUGGGCGACGCCGUGCCGGCCUACAUCCUGGGGGGCCUGGUCGGUCCCGAGUGGGUCAUCUUCGCCGCCAACUUUGCCGUCCUGGGGCACAUGUGGUCCGCCUACCAGAUCUUCGCCCACCCCAUGUUCGACACCCUGGAGUCUCACGUCAAGGCCUUCCACCUGCGCCGUGCCAAGGCCCACGGCGACACCGAGCUCCCGGCCCGCAUGGAGGAGCUGAAGCGGGCCUCCAUGGCCGCCAAGACCGCCCCCCUCGAUGCCAAGGCCGCCGACCUUGACGCCAAGGCACCCAGCGCCGCCCCCGCCGGCGGCGAGCCCCAGCUGCGCCGCCUGUCCCGUGUUUCCGCCAUGUCCACGGCCGCCUCCCAGGGGCUGCAGCGCCUGUCCCAGAGCGCCGCCAUGUACCGCGUCAGCACCGGAUUUGUCAACGAGACCGUGCCCUCCAACGAGGAGCACUUCCUGCUCCCCAUCUGGCAACGCAUCCUCACGCGCACCUUCUACGUCUGCUUCACCACCAUCAUCGCCGUGGUCAUGCCCUUCUUUGGCUCCAUGGCGGGGCUGGUGGGAGCGCUAGCCUUCUUCCCCCUGACCAUCUUCUUCCCCAUUGAGUGCUGGCGCAAGGUGUACAAGCCGCGUGGCUUCUUCAACGGCCUGCUGUACUCCAUCGAGGCCUUCAUGUUUGUCGUCUGCAUCCUGUCCACCGUGUCCUCCAUGCGCAACAUCAUCAACUCCUGGAGCACAUUCAAGAUCUUUGGCGCCACCGUCGGCCUGCACUGA